AUUUGUCAGUAAAUCGCCCUCAUAAUGGCCCUUCGCGCCGUCAGCUUUGGCCUGCUGGUGUUCCAGAUCGGAGCUAUCCCUGCGCUGCAGCCUUAUGCAUCUGCCCCUGCUACCGCGGUGCUUCCAUCAAUUGCAUCCACCUCAAUCGCCACCGCAUCAUCCCAGCUCGAUCAACUUGCCAGCUUUGCUCUAAACGUAACAACGGAGAAGGUCUCAAACCGCACAACGCAGAAGCGUAAUGGCUGUACGCGCAACAAACUGCGAGUUCGUCGCGAGUGGAGAACUCUUUCCGACCCGCAGCGGAGGGCGUUCAUAGAUGCGAUCCUGUGUCUCCAACAACUGCCCUCUCAGACCCCUCCCGACCUCGCCUCUGGCGCAAAAACCCGCUAUGACGACUUUAUAGCCACACAUAUCAAUCAAACCGGGCAGAUCCACUUCACGGGAACGUUUCUCGGAUGGCAUCGGUACUUCCUCGGGGAGUUUGAACAAGCGCUGCGUGGCGAGUGUGGCUACACAGGCGACUACCCAUACUGGAACUGGCCCGACGACACAGAGAACCUUGAAGACUCCCCCAUCUUCGACGGCAGCGACACCUCAUUCUCCGGCAACGGGGCCCCCAUCCCCAACCAGCCGCCCAAGUUCGCCCUCACCAUGGGCGACCGACCGCCCAUCUGGCUCCCCACCGGCAGCGGCGGUGGGUGCAUUACCGACGGGCCCUUCAAAAACUACACGCUGAACCUCGGUCCCGCGGGACUGGCCCUCCCCGGCGGCGAACGAGCCUCCGCGCCCAACCCCCUCGACUACAACCCACGGUGCCUCAAACGGGACCUCACUUCCGACAUCCUACGCCGAUUCUCCAACGCCACGGCGGUCGUCGAGCUCCUGCUCAAGAACCGGAUCGUCUACGACUUCCAGAACUCCAUGCAGGGCACGCCCGGCAGCGGCGGGAUCGGCGUCCACGGCGGCGGCCACUAUUCCAUGGGUGGCGAUCCUGGCCGCGACGUCUUCACCAGCCCCGGAGAUCCUGCAUUCUGGGUCCACCACGGGAUGGUGGAUCGGCUGUGGUGGAUCUGGCAGAGCUUGGACUGGGGCGCGCGGUGGGAUGCGAUCUCGGGAACGGGUACGUUCCUAAAUGAGCCGCCGUCGCCGAAUACGACGCUCGAGACGAUGGUGGAUAUUGGGUAUGCGGGGAGUGGGGGGCCGGUUGCGAUGAAGGAGAUUAUGAUAACGACUGCGGGGCCGUUUUGUUAUGUGUAUCUUUGA